AUGAAUAUUGACCAGAGGAGUAGAACGAAGACAGUCGAGGCGACAUGUAGACAAAAACUGACCGUUUUUCUCUGCAUUUCUAUGCGAAUUGGCGCCAAACACCGAUUGUUAGGCACCUCGACUCAACCGGACUUGAUCGACAGGCGCAAUUCGAUUUUUUCUUUCUUUCUUUCUUUAUUUUUAUUUUUUUCAUUUUUCUUUCUUCUUUCUUUUCAUCUUUAUUUCUUUCUUUUCUUUUUCUUUCUUUUUUUACUUAUUUCUUUCUUUCUUUCAUUUUAUUUUAGAACUUAUUUCUUUCUUUUCUUUUUCUUUCUUUCUUUCUUGAAGAGUUUCUUUCUUUUUUUCAUUUUUCUUUUUUCAUUUCUUUCUUUUUUUUUUUUCUUUCUUUUUUCUUUUCUUUCUUUUUUCUUUGAUUUUUCUUAUUUUCUUUCUUUCUUUCUUUCUUUUUCUUUCUUUCUUUCUUUCUUUUUUUUUCUUUAUUUUUUUCUUUCUUUUUUUUUUUCUUUCUUUCUUUCUUUCUUUCUUUAUUUCUUUCUUUCAUUCUUUCUUUCUUUACUUAUUUCUUUCUUUCUUUCAUUCUUUCUUUCUUUACUUAUUUCUUUCUUUCUUUCUUUCUUUCUUUCUUUCUUUAUUUCUUUCUUUCUUUCUUUACUUAUUUCUUUCUUUCAUUCUUUCUUUCUUUCUUUACUUAUUUCUUUCUUUCUUUCAUUCUUUCUUUCGUUUUUUUUUUGA